CGCACACACACGCUCACACACACUGAAUUGGAAACACUGACACGCGUGAGGAGGUAGCAGAAGAAGUUGGAUUGUUUAGAAAGUCCUCUCCUCUCAUUGGUCAGCAUGGACGCCUCGACGAGCUCCAGCCAAUCAGAGUGCAUCUCCAGUCAGCCCGUGCCCAACAGACCACGCCCACUGCAAUGUGCAGACAAGGCCCCACCCCUUCGCUCUGUUACCACAGAGGACGAAGACUUGUCGGUGGCCCCUACUCCUUUGUGUGCCUCCACGCAUCCAUUUCCUGUUUCAUCCACAAGCACUCGCCAUCCUCAUCACCACCACCUCUCCUCCAAUACAAGCCCCACCUCCUUCAAGGUGGACGCCGCCCACAUCAAAGAAGUAGCAGGAGACGACUGCUGCGUUCACUGUCUGCUGGCGUGCUUGUUCUGCGAGCUUCUGUCCAUGUGCUCGGCCGUGGGGGCGUGUCUGCCGUGCGCAGGGGGUGUGGCCUGCUGCUGCGCCGCUGCCAACGACUGUUGCCGCUGCUGCUGCGUGGAGGCACCGUGCACCGACGAGGCGUGUCAGGCGUCGUGGGACUGCGGGAUGCUGGGGGAAUGCUGCAACUCGGCCGACUGCUUGGAGAUUUGUCUGGAAUGUUGCUCCAUCUGCUUCCCAUCUUAA